CGAAGCAAAGUCUCAUUUCUUCUCUUUCGUUUUCUCUGAAACCGUUUCUCUCUCUCUCUCUCUCUCUGUGGAUCCCGAUUUUGGUUUUUUACUGACACUCAUAUAUACAUAUAUAUAUAUAUAUACUUAUAGAGAUAGAAGGUUAAGCUUUGUGAUCGGGAUCAAUGGCGUCGGAGCAGCUUAUGCCAGCCGGAGGCGGCCCACGCUACGUCCAGAUGUUGCAGGAACCGUUGCCGUCGAUGACGUCGUCUUUCUUCUUUCCCUCUGUCCAAGGUCCUGAGCCAACUCGGGUUUUCGAUGAGUUGCCCAAGGCCACGAUCGUCUCCAUUUCGCGGCCCGACGCGGGUGAUAUCAGCCCCAUGCUUCUUACAUACACCAUCGAAUUCCAAUACAGACAGUUCAAGUGGCAGUUAGUGAAGAAAGCUUCACAAGUAUUCUAUUUGCACUUUGCACUGAAGAGACGUGCAUUUAUUGAGGAAAUUCAUGAAAAACAAGAACAGGUUAAAGAAUGGCUUCAAAACCUAGGAAUAGGUGAUCACACAGCAGUUAUGGAAGAUGAUGAUGAACAUGAUGAUGAGAUUGUUCCUAUUCAUCAUGAUGAAAGCACUAGAACCAGAGAUGUUCCAUCUAGUGCUGCUUUGCCAAUUAUUCGGCCAGCUCUUGGAAGACAAUACUCCAUGUCUGAUAGGGCAAAGGUUGCAAUGCAAGGUUACUUGAAUCACUUCCUUGGCAACCUGGAUAUUGUGAAUUCUCGUGAGGUUUGCAGGUUUUUGGAGGUUUCUAAGUUAUCAUUUUCCCCAGAGUAUGGCUCUAAGCUAAAAGAAGACUUUGUAAUGGUGAAGCAUCUACCAAAAUUUCCAAAUGAUGAUGAUCAUAGAAGAUGUUGUGCAUGUCAUUGGUUCAGUUGUUGUAAUGAUAACUGGCAAAAGGUCUGGGCAGUACUUAAACCUGGAUUCUUGGCGCUGCUAAGAGAUCCAUUUGAUAGUCAGCCUUUAGAUAUAAUCGUUUUUGACAUAUUACCAGCUUCAGAUGGCAAUGGAGAGGGCCGUGUGUCCUUGGCCAAAGAAGUAAAGGAACGCAACCCUUUACGCCAUUCAUUUAGAGUGACUUGUGGGAUACGGAGCAUGCAGUUGAGAACUAAGAGCAAUGCUAAAGUCAAAGAUUGGGUUGCUGCAAUAAAUGAUGCUGGUCUUCAGCCCCCUGAAGGCUGGUGCCAUCCCCACCGCUUUGGUUCUUUUGCUCCUCCACGGGGCUUGACUGAGGAUGGUAGUCAGGCUCAGUGGUUUAUAGAUGGGCGAGCAGCAUUCGAAGCUAUUGCUAUUGCAAUUGAGGAAGCAAAGUCGGAGAUAUUUAUUUGUGGGUGGUGGCUAUGCCCAGAAUUGUACCUCCGACGGCCUUUUCAUGCUCAUGCAUCCUCUCGCCUUGAUGCCUUACUUGAAUCAAAAGCCAAACAAGGUGUUCAGAUUUACAUCCUUCUCUACAAAGAGGUCGCUCUUGCUUUGAAGAUCAACAGUGUUUAUAGUAAGAAAAAGCUUCUUGGCAUUCAUGAAAAUGUCAGAGUACUACGUUAUCCUGACCAUUUCUCUACUGGUGUCUAUCUAUGGUCCCACCAUGAAAAAAUUGUCAUUGUCGAUUAUCAUGUUUGCUUUAUUGGUGGAUUGGAUCUAUGUUUUGGUCGAUACGAUUCCUUUGAACAUCAAGUGGGUGAUUAUCCUCCAGUUGUAUGGCCUGGGAAGGACUACUAUAACCCAAGGGAAUCUGAACCUAAUUCUUGGGAAGAUACAAUGAAAGAUGAGUUGGAUCGUCAAAAAUAUCCACGAAUGCCUUGGCAUGAUGUCCAUUGUGCUCUCUGGGGACCACCCUGUCGUGAUGUUGCCAGGCACUUUGUUCAGCGUUGGAACUAUGCGAAGAGAAAUAAAGCUCCAAAUGAGCAAGCAAUUCCGCUGCUCAUGCCCCAACAACACAUGGUAAUCCCUCAUUACCUGGGUGGAAGUGCAGAGGUGGAAGUCCAAUCUGAUGUCAUAAACAAUCAUGGAGAUAUAAAAAGGCAGGAUUCUUUUUCCUCUCGAUCAUCUUACCAAGAUGUCCCUCUUCUUAUGCCUCAAGAGGCUGAUGGGCUGGAUACUGCCAGUGGACACUCAAAAUUAAAUGGGUUAGAGAGGAAUCACGAUUCCCAUGAUCAGUCAACCAGGAACAGCAGAAAUCCUUUCUCCUUUCGAAAGCCCAAAAUUGAACCAUUAGCAUCUGACAUGCCAAUGAAAGGCUUUGUAGAUGACUUUAAUACUUUUGAUCAUCAGCACCAGUUGUCUUCAGAUGGGAUGGCAGUGCCUGGCAGUAAAACUUCAGAUAAAGAAUGGUGGGAGACGCAGGAACGGGGUGAUCAGGUUGUUUCUGCUGAUGAAACUGGGCAAGUUGGUCCUUGUGUCUUAUGUCGUUGUCAGGUUAUAAGGAGUGUCAGCCAAUGGUCUGCAGGGACAAGCCGGACUGAAGAGAGCAUCCACAAUGCUUACUGCUCUCUUAUUGAGAAAGCAGAGCACUUUGUUUAUAUUGAGAACCAGUUCUUUAUCUCAGGUCUUUCAGGAGAUGACACUAUACAUAACCGUGUAUUAGAAGCGUUGUAUAAGCGUAUUUUGAAAGCAUAUGAUGAGAAGAAAUGUUUCAGGGUUAUUAUUGUCAUACCACUUCUACCUGGCUUCCAGGGGGGUGUGGAUGAUGGUAGUGCAGCGUCUGUCAGGAGUAUUAUGCAUUGGCAAUAUCGAACCAUAUGCAGAGGAAAUAAUUCUAUACUGCAUAAUCUUUAUAAUCUUAUUGGUCCCAAGAUGCAUGACUACAUAACUUUCUAUGGCCUUAGAGCUUAUGGCAGACUUUAUGAUGGGGGUCCUGUGGCUUCCAGUCAGGUGUAUGUGCAUAGCAAAAUCAUGAUAAUCGAUGACCGCACAUGCUUGAUAGGAUCAGCAAAUAUAAAUGACAGAAGUUUGCUUGGAUCAAGAGAUUCUGAGAUUGGAGUACUUAUUGAAGACAAAGAAUUUGUUGAUUCUUCUAUGGGAGGGAAGCCAUGGAGGGCUGGAAAAUUUGCUGUGUCUCUUCGUCGUUCCCUGUGGUCUGAACACCUUGGUCUAAAUGCUGGAGAGAUUAGUCAAAUAAGUGACCCAGUGGUUGAUUCAACUUACAAAAAUAUAUGGGUGACAACUGCAAAGACAAAUACCAUGAUCUACCAAGACGUUUUUUCUUGCAUUCCAAACGAUCUAAUACAUUCCAGAAUUGCGCUGAGACAAUGCAUGGUCUACUGGAAGGAAAAACUAGGCCACACUACCAUUGACUUGGGAACAGCCCCGGAAAAGCUAGAAUCUUACCAGGAUGGUAACUUGAAGGGUACUGACCCCAUGGAGAGAUUACAGACUAUAAAGGGGCAUCUAGUUUCUUUUCCUUUGGAUUUCAUGUGCAAAGAAGAUUUAAGACCCGUGUUCAACGAAAGCGAGUAUUAUGCUUCUCAAGUUUUUCAUUAGGUAUGAACCAUACAGACACAGAAGGUCUCAAGAUGAAUGAAGGCCGAUGCUUGUUACACUGUCCAAAUUUGCAGAAUCGACAAGAGAGUGAAAGAAGUCUAUAAGCCUUGAAGAAAUGGUAAAUAUCCUCGAUCUGUCAUCAUUGUUUUAUAUAGAAUUCAUAGCAAAUAUUCUCAAAACUGAAAAGAUACCGAAAAACAAAAACAAUUUAGGUUAGCCCGGCUGCCAGCCAAUGAGCUUGAAGAUGGGCUUCAAGUGCUGUAUUCUUUUGUCAUUUACAUAAAAACAAGAAAAUGGACUUGAGACCCCUUACAUUGAGAGAGAGAGAGAGAGAGAGAGAGAGCCAAGCCCCAUUUUCGGCAGCAGUUUUGGAUAUUUAUCAGCAAAACUACUGCCCCUCUUUGCACUUAAUUUAUUUGUUGGUAUACUUGCUCACGUAAUUUGACUGAUUAAUUGUUGUAUAAACUUCAUGAAUCCUGUCAUUGAUAUAGUAAUUCUUGGAAGGUAACCUUCAUUGGGUAUCUUACUCAA